GUUUUUCGAGGGGGCGUGUAUGGGGAGGAGGGGAAAGCAUCCCUGUGAGCGACCGGGAAAGGGGUUGGGGGUCUCCCUUCCCCAGCCUUUUCUCUCAGCAGGCAUCCGAGAGGAGGGGGAGAGGGUGGCAGGUUUGUUGGGUGUGAGACUCGUGGUGCUCAGCUCCCGGCACCUGUCAGAGGCGUGGAGCAUCUCCUCUCGAUCCCGGUGAGAUAGAGCUGCCUUACCACACACACUCAAAACGGGGUGUGUGUGUGUGAGGGGUGGAUAUGCAGGCGUUAAAGGAGUUAAGGGCAGCACGACGUUUUGGGGAUUUUCCGCCGUCACUUUCGGAGUUGGGGUUUGGCUCCCUCCUUCCUUACGCAUAACGGUCUGUGCACCUACCUACUUUAUUGAUUUAUAUUGGCCUUCCUCUUCUCUUGGCGCCAACUGGGGAUAUUGCCAUACACACACACACACACAUACAAAGUUCCCUGUGCCAUUCUUUUGGUGAUUCAUUUCUGGUGCAUUGAUGCGUGUGUUCUUUAUAUAGUUUUACAAACAAAUGGGCAGGCUCAGUCUAACAUUUCUACACACAUCCUUUCUUAGCAGUGGUAUAGCCCCCCACCCCAAUUGCCCCAUUAGCCACCCCAAAAUGAAAGGUGUUUCACUCUCUCUCUUUCUGAUCCACCCUUUUGAUGCAGUUGUCUAUAAACACAGUUAUUAUUCUCAAACUUCCUUUCAGCCAAUGAGUUGAAAGACAAUAAGGCUCUGCUGAGUUCCUUCAUCUUUAAAGCUUUAACGCUUCAUCUUUAAUUGUUAGCUAUGGACUAUAAUUUCUGUAGUGUUUUGCAGUCCUAAAUCAGAUUCUCGCAACAGGUUGCAAUGGAGGGAACAUAGCUCAAGAUUGCCCAGUGGCCAAAUUGGAAUAUUGGAACUCCAUAGUCCCAAUUGCAGUCCUAUAGUCAUACCAUUGAUCUAUUCCCAUCAUUCUCCCUUUAGAGUAUCAGUCCUUGGCUUAUAGGUUGGGGCCCACUGCUUGCUCACAAGCUGAUCUAAGGUAGGUCACAGCUGCAGUACUACCAAUACUGUACAGUAUGCAAAAGUAUGGCUUUAAACACCAAGGAGGUGCUCCUCAAAUGCAUUUUUUUGGCUAAAGGGCUGAUUUGAUUUGAUUUCUAUGCCACUGUCCAUUCAAAUGAAUCUCAAAGCAGCUUAAAGAUAAUAACAUAAUAAAAUAUCACAGAUAUAGCAUAAGUCAUAUUUCAGAAUUGGCAAAUAAUCAGUAAAACAAUUGCCGUCUAUAAAACGCUAUUAACAAACCAGAAACUGAAAACAUAAUCUCAGCAUCAUAGUUAUGGCAUAAGCAAUAUUAUGCAGAUCAUCAACAAAACAUUUCUAAUCUAUAAAACGAUAACUAAAAAAUUAAGCUAAAGCUGGGUUGUAUGUCUAAAAAGAGUGCCAGCCCUUCAGAAUGUGCAUGCACAUAUUUCUACAGAACCAUUGUUUCAAAGUGUCUUGACAUGAAGAUUGUAUUUGUCUUCCUUUCCUAUAAUUCUCCAACUUCAGUCUACUUAUUUCCCACACCCACCCCACUUAGAAUCUCAGCCCUAAUGAGCCCUCAAGCUCAGGUUAUGAUUCUGCUUUCCUACCAGUUUUCCAAUCUCCACAAAACUAGUGUGCUGAACCCUACAUUUCACUUGUGCUCCUUAAUGGUAAAAAAUACUUCACUGUUAGUCUCAGGCAAAUUGUCACAUGCACAGGAUUGUGUUUUAUGUAACUCAAGAAGCUAUAGAAUGCUAAUAGAACUGGAAACCCCAUAUCUGGUGUUCUGCUUUCAGAAGUGAUGCAGAGGGAACCUGGUUAAAACUUCUCUUGGCUGGAGGUUGCAACAAGCUAACACUUUCUUAUCAGUCCCAACCCUUUUGACUGCAGUGUCAAUAGCAUGCUUUUAUAGGUUAAACUAAAAGUUUGUUUGUUUUGUGAAAAGUGAAAGACUCCUACAAGGCAUAGUGUCAAAAAAACCCACCAAAAACAGUAUAGGUUUCUUUUAGUUUUAAGCAUUAAAAAAGAGUGCCUGGUUACAUUUUGAAUACUACUUUAUCUAGAAGUAAUGCUCUUUAAUUUGUUGCUAUAGCUGCUUUUACUUGCAGGAUUUUCCUGUUAGGAUGUUCUUGCAGUUAUGACGGGAUGAGGAAACUCUGGUCUGGUGGCUGCAGGUAUAGUGUAAUGUGAAUUUACCUUUGGUGAAGUCAGACUUCGGGUUCACCUUGCCCUGUGUUGUCUACAGGGAGAUUUGGGAUCAUCAGAUGAUUGGGAAGCGGGGCUCUUUAAUUCCUUAUUUCUCAGCCAUUUAUCCAAAAUUCCAGCUACCUCCUCUCCCACCCACUGUUUUCCUCUGCUGAUGUAAAGGAUAUAAGGCCCUAGUAUUUUUUGUUGUCUCUUGUGCAAAAAACCAGUUCUGGAGAGGUCUGAUUCGGAAUGACUCGGGAAGAAGGAUUUAAUCAGAUCCCCUCUUCUUCAACCCCCAGUCUGCCACUCGCCUUGGUUGGCUUACCUGAUUUUUUUUAAAAGCCAUUGAGCAUAGAAAAUAGCAAAAGAGCUACACUUCUGAUUAUGAUUAAAACUUGAUUGAUUUGUUGCCAAAGCAACUCAAAGUGACUUACAAUAAAUAAUCAAACACAUAUACAUUGAAACCAUCAUAAAACAAAACAUAGGAAAAUGUAAAAGAAAAUCCUCUUCUUAUAAGGCAGGAUUGGAACAUCCCGCCCACUCAAAGAGGCCAUUGAUAAUUAAGUGCCAAAUCCCUGGUAAAAAAGAAACGUUUUUGCAUGGCACCUAAAGCUAUGUAAUAAUGGUGCCAGGUGAUCUUCCCUGUGGAGAACAUUCCACAAGUGGGGAGCCACCACUGAAAGGGCCUGUUCUCAUGUUGCCACCCUCCAAACCUCACAAGAAAGGUGCACACGUGGAAGGACCUCAGAUGAUGAUUGCAGGGCCUGAGUUGGUUCAUAUGGGAAGAGGUGAUCCUUGAGUAUUGUGGUCCUGAGCUGCAUAAGGCUUUAUGAGUCGAAAACAACCCUUUGAAUUGGGUACAGAAACUAAUUAGCAGCCAAUGCAGUUUGGCCAGGAUUGUUGUUAUAUGCUCAAACUGUCUUGCUGUAGUGAGCAACCUGGCCACUGAAUUCUGCACCAGCUGCAGUUUCUGAAUUUACUCCAAAUGAGAUCAUCAGCAUUGAUCUUAUCAUCUCUUUUUCAUUUUGGUGAAAACAUUCACCAAAGAAUGGAUUAUCUUGAUUAUUCUCUGCAAGAAAAUGCAACAUUCUUAGACCAAACUGUUGUGUUGCACUACAGCCUGUAUAGGUCUACUCUGAAUUAAAUCCCACUGAGUUCAAUAUGGCUUGGUUCCAGGUAAGUGGGUAAAGGAUUGCAAUUUACUCUGAAGUAAGUCCCAAUGAGUUCAAUGGAUUUCUUGUCUGGUGAGUAUGUGCACGAUUACAAUUAGUUACCUUUUGAGCUGUCAUUGGCAAAGCUCUGCUUCAUCAUGUGCCAAAAAACACCUUAAACUAGGAUGCAGAUACUGAAGCUUGAACACUCCUCAAACACAGGAUAGGAUAUUUGAUCAGUGAAGUACUUGUUGAUUUCAUUAUGGAAAUGUUCCUUCUGCUAAGGUGUUUUAUUUUUAAAAGAAUCCUACUGCUUUCGCUUCCUUUAUAGAUCCAAAUGUUUGUCAUUUUUAAUCUGCCAGAAUAUUAAGGAAAGAUCUGACAGUUUAAUGUCACAUUAUUCCCAGGUUGCUAUUCUGUUGUCAUUGUGAUUUUGACUAAGCCAAGGCAUACAUAACUGAAGAAAUUUCUUUAGUUUUCACACCAUUGGUGGUGGGGAAUCAUUUGAGCUUGUUUCAUAGCAUAGUACAUGUAGUAAAUCAUUCUGCAAAUGAAAAGCAUUCCCUGCCAAUUGAAUUGCUUACAGACUUUUCAAAGUGUUAAGUACUCACCAAAUUUUAUCCAGCUCAGUCUGGAAUAGUCAGAAUUUUUCAGUCUGGCAGUCAUGUUUCUGAUCAGUUUUGCUUACUAAAUCACAUAGCAAGCUUGCGUGGUAUUGUUUGGCGAUACUUUCACCUUAAAACUGUUUGAAAAUGUCAUAGUUAAAAUGGAGGAAUGGCAUAUGUGGUAUUCUUGCAGAUUUGAUUGAUGUUAGUCAUUUGUACUGAUCUUUAGACCAUCUUCUGCUCAAGGGUGCUCAUUCUUUAGCGUUCAAGUGCUUAAUAACUUCAUCCUGUCUCAAAUUAACAUUCUCUUUUCACAGUUUACUGCCAUGAACGUUUUCAAUUAGCUAUGGAGCUGAAACUCCCAGGGCACUUGCAAGAGAUCAACAGACAGAUGUUCAGAUCAAGGAAACUCUGCAUUGGUGCACAGGGAUGACUUCAUCCCUAAUCGCCUCUGCUAAUAGAGUGCAAGCACAGCUGAGACAAAUGGUGAGGUUGGCAAGGAGGAGGAUAAGCUCAGGUCCCUUUUCCUCCUGAACAACUACAUUGAACAGUUGGAGGUCCAUACUUUGUAUGGAAUAUCACUUAUGUGUUAAGAUGUAAAGCAGUUUUUAAAAGGGGCUGGAUGACUUGUGCAUCUGUUUAAGGUGCAUGAACUGAUUGACUGCAACAUUUAUGCCAUUGUGUUCCGUAAGCUUGAUGUUUUGUAACACAGCAAUGUACGUUUCAAGUUUCAGAUAUUAUGGAAGAAGGCAACAGUAUUACAGCAGUAGUCUCAAACAUUGGGGAACCGGAAGCUGUACUGAUCUCCGAAGCAGUUGUAAGCCCAACUUCAGAAAGUGGUGAAGACCAGAGAAAGUGUAACCCUGACCCACUAAUCCAGGUCAUCCAAAAGCUAAGCAAGAUCGUUGAGAGUGAGAAGUCACAAAAAUGCCUUUUAAUAGGGAAAAAGCGCUUGCAUCCCGAUGUGUCCCUGCUGUCACUUGACUCACAAAACCUCCCAGAGAUCCCAGGUAAAACCAUUGAACUGCCUGCCCUGGGCACAAUAAAUAUAGAAGAUUAUUAUGUGACAGACUGUCCUCCGCAGAAUAAAAGAAAGGUGGUUUGCUACCAGUGCAGUCUCUGUAAAUCUCUGUCUCCCUCUCUCCCUCUGUUAAAAGAACACGUGAAACAACAUGGCCAGCAGAACGAAGUAAUACUUAUGUGCUCAGUGUGCAAUUUUGCCAUGAGAAGCCUAGAAGAGUUUGAAGCUCAUGUGAGGCAUCACCCAGAGAACAGCAGCAAAGCACACACUCUUUCAAAGGAGCAGCAGCAAUGUGCAAGUUUUCCUAGUACCACUUUGCAUGGUCCAGUGGAAGGUUUUGUCAAUGCCGGCGCUGAUCAGACAGCACAGCUUCAGUCUCCCUGUCCAACGGAGAAGGGGAGGCAAAAAUGGUAUACUUACGAGCAGUACGGCAUGUAUCGAUGCUUAAUUUGCAGCUAUACUUGUGGUCAGCAAAGAAUGUUGAAAACGCAUGCCUGGAAGCAUGCAGGCGAAGUUGACUGCUCAUACCCCAUAUUUGAGGAAGAAAAUGAACAAGCUACAUUGCCGGACCCUGCUAUAUCGGGUGUUCCUCGCAACGUAGAUGCCGUUGUCCUCGCGCUAGAUAAUAACGAACUGGGUCUCCCUGGUCUCCCUGGUGACCAGGCUGUUCAACUCCACAUUUGUAGCUCUGAGCAAAUGGUGUACAAAACCUCGGCAGAAGAGCCUGCGAAAGAGGAGGCGCUCCUAAGUCAGUCGGCUACUCUCUCGCCCACAGGCAAAGUAGCAGAAGAGACUCUGUCAGAUACCGAUCUGGAGCAAGACAACUUGAUGACGGACAGCUUGCUUUCCUCCGCCCAAAAAAUCAUUAGCUGCAGCCCAAAUAAAAAAGGCCACGUUAACGUCAUAGUUGAACGUUUGCCAAGUGCCGAAGAGCCUGUUGUGCAGAAGCCUUACUCUAUGGACACCGACAUUGAAGCUGAGAAGAAAAUAAUCUCUGAGCAGGCUCGUGUGGCACGCGAUGGGGACGUUUAUCAUAUGGACAAAAGCUCCGUGGAACUCGAAGAAGUCAUAAUCGGAUGGAGCAGUGCAGAGAAGAAAGAGGGCGAUUUAAACCCUGGUAGAGCCAAAGCAGCAGAUGAAAACGCACCUCCCACCAGAAGAAGAACAAAUUCAGAGUCCUUGAGGCUGCACUCCCUGGCUGCCGAAGCGCUCGUCACGAUGCCCAUCAGAGCUGCAGAGCUAACCCGCUCAAGCCUCAGAGCUUUUGCCGAGGUGAAUUCUAUAGGUUCAGAGGCUGGGCAGAGGCCAGCUGACAACAGCUACGUCGCCCAUUCUAAGCUGGUGACCUCCCUUAAAACAGAGGAAUUGGCAGGCCUGAACCAAACGGACUGUGCUUUCAUGGAAAUACAGAAGGAUAAGCCAGAGCUGGCUGAAGGUCCCAUUAAAAUGGGCAUCAGCAUGUCCCUGCUCACCGUCAUUGAAAAGCUGAAGGAGAGGACGGACCAGAACGCUUCCGACGACGACAUUCUGAAGGAGUUGCAAGACAAUGUGCAGUGCCAACCUGCAGCCGAUGCCAACGUGCUGGGGAGCAACCUGGUGGAAUACAUCCCCAAUGUGGAUCGCCCCUUCCGGUGCCGCCUGUGCCACUACAGUAGUGGCAACAAGGGGUACAUCAAGCAACACUUGCGGGUGCAUCGCCAGAGGCAGCCCUAUCAAUGUCCUAUCUGCGAGCACAUAGCAGAAAACAGUAAGGAUUUGGAAAACCAUAUGAUCAACCACUGCAAAACCCGAAUGUACCAGUGCAAACAGUGCGAAGAAUCCUUUCAUUAUAAGAGUCAGCUUCGAAGCCACGAGAGAGAGCAACACAGCCUUCCAGACCUAUACUCGAUGCCGCCAUCUGACAGCCUAAUAACUUGUAGCAAAGUGGAUGAAAGAGUCGGGGAUAGGAUUUCAGUCCAGAAACUUUACAGAUGCGACAUUUGUGAUUACACAAGCACAAUGUAUGUUGGUGUGCGGAAUCAUAGGCGGAUUCACAACUCCGAUAAGCCAUACAGAUGUUCGCUUUGUGGGUACGAGUGUAGCCAUCCCCCUUCUCUCAAGUCUCAUAUGUGGAAGCACGCAAGUGACCAAAACUACAACUAUGAACAAGUGAACAAGGCUAUUAAUGAUGCAAUUUCACAAAGCAGCAGGUCCCCAGGUCAGGUGACUGGGAAAGUGACUGCUGAAAAUGGUUUAUUUCCUUUGAAAAGCAACUCGGAGGGCUUGUCCUUUUCAGACUCCUCUAACCAAACUGCUGACAAAACCAUGAAUUCUGAUGAAAAUCAGAAUCCUGCUUCCACAACUAAUACCUCAUGCAAUUCAGACAAAAUUGCUGGUCUGCCUCACCUUGGCACAGAAUACUGUGUCCUGCUCUUCUGCUGUUGCAUUUGUGGAUUUGAGUCCACCAACAAGGAGAACUUGUUGGACCAUAUGAAGGAACAUGAAGGUGAAAUCAUAAACAUAAUUCUGAACAAGGACCACACAGCAACUCAGAGUGUAAGAUAGGUGAAGCUGUUGCUUUAAAGGGUUUCAUAAAGUGCUGUUUUCUUGUGUUCUCUUUACAUCACCUGAACUACUUGCUGAAGCGAAAAGUGUAAGUAAAAAAAAUGCAGUAGUAUUUCCAACGGUCGAAAUGUUAUUUAUGUCAACAAGAAAAUGGAUUUAUUUCACAAGCUCUUGAAGUAACUGAACAGUAAAUACUCCAUUUAGGGAAAGGUCUGCUGAAACCAUUAUCCUCUACCGACAGAGCCAUUUUCAAUGUCUAUUGUUAAUCUAAAGCUUAGUCAUAUAAUAGGAAUUUCACACUAAUGUGUUACCUUAAGGGGUUUAAUCUUACUGCCUUGAAACUAUCUAAAGGGGGUUAAAUUCAUUUUAGGUAAAUUUUUGAAAACUGACAUGACUGACUAUACAUUUAUGAAGCAGCAUUUCCAGAGAGGGAGAGGGAGAUUGAGUAACUUUGUAAGCCUUAUGGUUCCUCACUCAAUUACUACUACAACAACCAUACCUCGGGUUACGAACCGCUCGGGUUGCGAACAGUUCGGGUUACGAACUCCGCAAACCCAGAAGUGUUUUCGUUGCGCACGCUUUGCGCAUGCGCAAAAAUGGCGCUCGGUUUGCGACCUUUUCGGGUUACGAACUGCGACCCGGAACGGAUUGAGUUCGUAACCCGAGGUACGACUGUACUUUUUUAGAAAAGAUAACAAUAUCUGUAUCUUCCUGCUGAUACAGGGAUCAUUAACAAGUAGCAAAGUAUUUGGCUUGUGUUAUUUCUUUCAGUAUGAGAUGCUGAGAAUGUAUAACUAAGUCUUGAUGGACCCUAAUGGUUCACCAGAACUUUCUCAUAGAACUUAAAUAUCUCUCUCAUAAUCAGGCAUUUCAGAAUGCUAGAAGUGCCAUAACUUGGAUCAGAGUGGGUAGGAACAAGUGGUCUUAGCUAAACCUUUAAGGGAGGUUUACCUCUUUAUCAAAUAACAUUUAACACGUCAAAAUCCAGUUUCUUGAGUGCACAGAAAUCUGAUGAAAACUCAAUGGAAGUUACUAGCUUAUCCCAUUGUGACAUUGUUAUAAAAUAGCCACUAAAAGCACUUCAUUCACACUUGUUUUUCAAAAGGAGCUGUUUUCAUGCCUUCUAGAAUACCUUGAGUUCUUGUCUGUGGUUGCAAGCUUCAGCUGCUUAACUGCCAUUGACUUCAGUGGAAGUUCAGCAGCCUCCAAUGUUAUUUUUCUCUUGAAAUUAGUGUUAUGUUUCAUUUGGGUGGAGCCCUCUCCCAGUUUUUGCCGUAUUGCUGCAUUUCCCUUUACUCUGGCAGUUCAUUGCUUAUAAGCAGAUUUGUACACAGAUGUGCAUUAUUUUCAGACAGCUGCAUAACUUUUAAAAAUGUAUUUAUUAUACAUUAAAAGCUCAGUUUUCAUGGUGCUAAUUGAGUUUGGGUCACCCCUUGCCCCUCAAAAUUUCUGAACUGUGAAGUUGGAGAAAUGGAAAAUAUUUUGUGUCGUUUUUAAAGAAGUUUUAAAUGUUGAAUGCAAAAAUAUUUCAAGGCAUUUUGUAGAAAAUCCAAACUAGGAUCCCUAUUAUUAAUUCAAUCUGUUACUUGUUUCUAAACUAGGUGCAUUUAUAAUAAGUGAGUGCAUAAAUUCACUGUACAACAAACAAGUUUAUUUAAAAUAUGAGAUUGAAAAUGUGGAUUGUUUUGUGUUCUUGAGAAAUACAACAAACAGGGAGAAAUUGAGAAGGUGCUAUAUUUUACUUCCUGCUAUGAGCUCUUUAUGACUGAACAGAAUCCAAUUGGUCACAAAUCUUGAUGAAGUACUUCUGGCUACUACUGUUACCUUUGUAUUCAGUCCUUGCAUCAGUUUUGUAUCCUCAACCUGAAACUUCUGAUGUGAAGUUUCAGGAAAUUAUUGGGCAACUAUUUAAUAGCUGAGAUCAUACAAAGUGUAUCAACAUUCCACCUCCUGUCUGUCUAUUUACUGCAAUUAGUUGAAAGCUUAGUAAAAAUUAUCAAAUUUUAAAUGUUUCAUUUCAAAACCAUGGCAAAGGCUCUUUGUAACAAACCUUUACCUUGUUUUGUUUUGUUUUUUCCUUAAUGGGUCAUGCCUGUCUGUUACACUACAAGAAAAUUGUGAAACCACGAGCUUAUAAAACUAAUUAUAUUUUUAUUGAAGUUAAGUAUUGAUUUUUAGGCAUGUAAAGCUUUUUGCAGGAAUACAAUAUGUGAAGAACAAUUGAAAUGAAUUGGAGAGGCCAGGCAAGGUGCAUAUGUAUUCAGCAGGUUAUUUUCUUACCAUUUUGUAUAUGUAAUCUUCCAUUACUGUUAAAUAGUAAAGGGAAGUAUUUUAUUUUUAUUUUUUUAAGCAAACUAACUUUAGUCUCAAUAGUUAAAGUUUGAUAUUGCCUUCAAUUGCACAAGAAAAGCAUAUUUCAUACUGACACUUUUUUUUCUUUCAUUUUAAAGCCCAUGGGUUGCUAUCAGUUCACUCUUCAAAUUUACACAAUUGCCAUGUAGCAGACUUGAGGCUGAAACCAGUUUAUUGAUCAUGUUACCUAUCUUGGAGCUGUUUGGAUUUAGGGAGUUUUUGUUUAGAGCACUUUUUCAGACAUACAGCAUGUCUUCCCUCUGUUUUAGGAUUUUAAAAAGAUAAACGCAUACUGCUAACUAUAGUGUUUGAUUUCUUCCCCUCCCCCCAUUUAAUUUAUGGAGAACCAGAUUCAAUGCUCUGUUCUGUUAUGGGCAGAAAGCUUCCAUUUAUACUUCUGGCCGCAAUUCCAUUAUACACUUGCUUGAGAGUAGAUUGCAUUACAUUUGCAUUAUUCCCAGAGAUGUGCUGUGGAUGACAUCCUUACAAUGUUCAUCCUGUUGUGCUCAAUGGGAAAACUCUUUCAAUGGAUCAGCACUGCACUUGUUUGGGCUGGUUAGGAUUAAUUUAGCAUAUGAUACAGGCAAGUAGUAGGAAGAAGGGCAUGAGGCCUAUGGGAUCACAGCUACCCCACUCUUAGGCCCACUGGGCAUCUAAACAUAAAAAGUAAUAUUUACAUAGGACCGGCAAACACACAAUUAAAUGAUUGCAGGUCCAGAUAAUGAUCUUCAUGAUUCUAGGAAAUGUUUACCUGUGCAUGGCUUGGGCCUUCAUGUGCUUUGGCACGUGUCCAACUAAUGGGCAUUUUGGUUGGUGUAGAGGUAAGAUUAGUAGACAGGGCAUGAGGUGGGAUGAUUCUCUUCUCUUUUUUCCCAUCCCUGUAAUCUGACUAUAUUUUAUUUCUCUUAACCAGCCCUUUGACUGUAGCAUAAGCAACUUAUUUGGAAACAUGGUGUUGGAAUCAAUGGAGCUUGCUUCCAAUUAACCGUGGCUUCAACAGCUUCACCAAUAGAGGCUGUAUUCCUUGUUCUUCGCUUGAAAAAACAUUGUGGCAUUCAGCUAGUUGCUGCAUUUUUAAAGCACUUAUUUAAUCAUUUAAAAUGAAAAUGUACAGUUGGUGCUCAAAGUAAUGUUAAAAUAUAUUUAAUAGAAAUGUGCAUUUGAUAUUCCUGGGCAUGGGUACAUAUAUUUUUUUAAGAAAAAGGAAUUGUAAUACUAUGGCACUGUUUUUUAUAGCCAAAGUAUAAAACUUUUAGAAAACUGACAUGUAAAAGACUGUAGAUCUUGCAUUAUCUGACUGACAGGAUGACUUACUUUAUAAGAUAUUUUCCCGCACAUUAAGCUGCAUGCCUUAAGUUCUCUCUAGGUUUGUCUCGUUUGGAAACUAUGGAAGCAAACUUUGUAGUACAACUUUGACUACCUUCUGAAAUACUGUACAUUGUUAGAAUAAUUUAUUUUGCUUUACAGAAGUUUUGUCAUGUAUUGACUAAUUGUAUUUUGGUAAUAAACUCCUUUGUUAAACACAUCAAUAUUGUGCUCUCGAUUGCAUAUGCUUUACUGAACACAAAGUUAGCUUGUAAAUAUAGCCUUUCUAUUUGUUUAAAAAUGCACACAUAUACCUAAACAUGCUAAAAGAGCCAGUGUAGAGUAUUGAAUAAAUACCUGAGCUAUGAAUCUACAAUUCAAAACAGUGCAUGAACUGAAUUGCUUAUCUAGGUUACCGUAAGCCCCCUCCCCACCCCCAAUAUGGGGUGACCUACUUUAGCAGGUGGUUCUAAAGAAUGGCUGUGAUAAUAUUUAUCUAGACUCUUGAACACCAAAGCGCUAUAUAAAUGCUGUUUUGUAUCACCUGCAUUCCUCCCAAGCCAUAUACUGACCAUGGAUGGUAUGAGGCUUAAUUAAACCACCUGUUUGUGUUGCCUACCUGGGACAACAAAGGGAUGGCUUACUGAGGAUUCUCUGUGUUCAAUGAGCUGUGCUCAGCUGUGAGCUGUAAAUUGAGAAAGGGAUAUGUUUCCUGUUUUUCUAGUGAGCCAAAUUUAGCACUUUGCUUUCAUGUUUGAUAGGCAUGUAAAAGUUGAAUAUGAGCUAAAUUAUAGUUGUCAUGUUAGGGGAUUCUUCAGCUAACUUUUUUAAAUCCUCAAUUACUACAUGUGUCAGAGCUUUGCAAUAUCUAUAAAAACAUUACUAUUGCCUGUGCAUACCUUACCACUUAUUUGGGACUUUCUUGGGUAAGGCAGUCUCCUGAGACAAACUUGAUUGGUCACGGAGAGUAAGAACACAAAGGGAAACGGAUCUUCUGAUCACCGUUUCCGUGUUCUAUGCCACAAGCUCUCACAAACAGAACAUUUGGCAGAAACGUGAUGCAAUUCUGUUUAAUUUGAAAAAAAGUAUAUCUUAUCUUCAAGGUGUCUUAUAAUUUCAAUUAAAAUCACUACAAACAAAAACAAGCAGUUAAAUAUCAUCAAAUAUGAUUGAAGUGAAUCACUAUUAAAAAAAAAACUUGAGUGAAUGGGACAAGUUUGGCUUGGCAUCCCAAAGCUAUUCAUGACAGAGCUGGUCUAAUCUCCUUGGAGAGCAAAUUCCAGAGCUAGGAAGCCUCUUUGAGAUAAUCCCCUGGUAGCCACCAGUUUAAUCCCUGAAGAAAAAGAGUAUUAGAAAACCAGUAAGUAAAGAAUAUAAAUAAAUGUUAAAGCAUAUCUAGCAAUGAAGUUCUGCACUAUGUUGUGGGCCUGAUUCUGCUCUAGUAGUCCCACAAUACCAAGUCACAAAGGUUUGAACAUUUUCAUGAACCAUACUUGCUCAAGCAGAGUAUUGGGUGCAAUGAACUGUGCUGGAUGGGUGUGGCUCAUUUCUCUCCUUUAAGAACUGCCCUGCUGGAUCAGACCAAAGACCUACCUCAUACAACACUUGGUUGUCAUUCAAUAUUUUUGUUUUGCCAGGUGUUCCCAAACUGGUCCAUUCAGGUGGCCUGUGGUGUGUCUGUGGCAUUGUGGUUGAAGAUGGGAGACACAUCCAUUGCAUUAAAUGUUCGUACAGAUACUUAAUUUUUAUUUUAUUAUUUUAUUCCUUACAUUUCGUUUUAUUGCACUGAAAUCUGAAUUCUAUAGAAUCCAAAUUGUAAUACAAUAAACCAACAAUAUAUAGGAAUUAAAAGAAGCAAUAAAAGUAAAAAUAGUGUCUAGCUCUAGCACAAUGCAU